AGGCCCCAGUCCCUCGGGCGUGGUGGCCGCAGCAGCGCGGGCUCCCGAGUCCCAGAGCCUGGUCCCCGACCUCGUGUAGACAGGUGUGCCCCUUAGGCUCCCACAGGAAACUGAGACCUAGGGGUGGAGGGUCGCCUGCUGAGAUCAGUAAGGUGGGGGCGCAGAGGGCAGCCGGCAGCAGCCUCCGCUUCCAGACCCUCGGUAAGAGAGGGUGUGGGUCGGGGGAUUUGUGAAGGGGAUCCCUCCUGAGGGCUAUGAGGGGUGCCUUAGGGGUAGAGGAGGGAGGGCCCGAUGGGGAGGGGCCAGCAGGAGACUGGGCUGCCCCAGGACAGGAGCAGGGGGUGGUGAGAGGCUUUUCUAUCCAUGCAAACGAGAUUUAGGGGUCCCUUCCUUUUUUGGCUCUUUCAUUCCUCACCCAGUGCUUGGCUGGCCUGGGCCCUGGUUGGGUACAGGAGAGGGGUUGGAAGUGCGCCCACCCACAGGUUAAAGACUGACAGGAAGGGAUGGGGCAAGCAUGUAGAGGGUGAUGGGGAGGACCUGGCUUGUCUGAACACUGGCUCCCUCUUCCAAGCUAGCUCCAAGCGAUCCCUUGGCCAACUUUCAGCCUUCAUCUUGCCCGAGGGCCCUUGGGGGCUCUGGUUUUGGGAGCAGCUUCAAGACUAGAGGUUACCAAGGAGGAAGUGGGCAAUUGGUCAGUUGGUUGGCAAGGAUUUGCUCUCUUAGUAAACAAGAAUUGAGGCUUUCUUCAUGGGGCGCCCUGGGGAAUGGGUGGGCAAAGGCAGCUGGGGUGUGGGCACUGUCCCUGCCCUUGGAGUGCUCACAGUCCACCUGAUAAGAUAAUCUCAGCGCUGAGCAGGGUGCCACCGCGUGCAGGACUCUUUGUUUAGCUCGGACAGUGGCUUCAGCAACUACCGUGGCAUCCUGAACUGGUGUGUGGUGAUGCUGAUCUUGAGCAAUGCACGGUUGUUUUUGGAGAACCUCAUCAAGUAUGGCAUCCUGGUGGACCCCAUCCAGGUGGUGUCUCUGUUCCUAAAGGACCCCUACAGCUGGCCUGCCCUGUGCCUGGUUAUUGUGGCCAAUGUCUUUGCUGUGGCUGCCUUCCACGUGGAGAAGCGCCUGGCGGUGGGUGCCCUGACGGAGCAGGCAGGGCUGCUGCUGCACAUGGUCAACCUGGCCACCAUUCUCUGCUUCCCAGCGUCCGUGGCCUUCCUGCUGGAGUCCAUCACUCCAGUGGGCUCUGUGCUGGCCUUGGCGGUGUACACCAUCCUCUUCCUCAAGCUGUUCUCCUACCGGGACGUCAACCUGUGGUGCCGAGAGCACAGGGCUAGCGCCAAGGCCAAGGCCAAGGCUGCUUCUACAGGUAAGAAGGCCAAUGGUGGGGCGGCCCAAGUCAUGGGCACCGUGAACUACCCAGACAACCUGACUUACCGUGAUUUGUACUACUUCCUCUUUGCCCCUACGCUGUGUUACGAACUCAACUUUCCCCGCUCCCCCCGCAUCCGAAAGCGCUUCCUGCUGAGGCGGCUAUUUGAGAUGCUAUUCUUCACCCAGCUCCAGGUGGGGCUGAUCCAGCAGUGGAUGGUCCCCACCAUCCAGAACUCCAUGAAGCCCUUCAAGGAUAUGGAUUACUCACGCAUCAUCGAGCGUCUCCUGAAGCUGGCGGUCCCCAACCACCUCAUCUGGCUCAUCUUCUUUUACUGGCUCUUCCAUUCCUGCCUGAAUGCUGUGGCUGAGCUCAUGCAGUUUGGAGACCGGGAGUUCUACCGGGACUGGUGGAACGCUGAGUCUGUCACCUACUUCUGGCAGAACUGGAACAUCCCUGUGCACAAGUGGUGUCUCAGACACUUCUACAAGCCAAUGGUCCGACGUGGCUACAGCAAGUGGAUUGCCAAGGUUGGGGUGUUCCUGGCUUCAGCCUUCUUCCAUGAGUACCUGGUGAGCAUCCCUCUGCGCAUGUUCCGUCUCUGGGCCUUCACCGGCAUGAUGGCUCAGAUCCCGCUGGCCUGGAUAGUGAGCCGUUUUUUCCGUGGCAACUAUGGCAACGCGGCUGUGUGGCUGACGCUCAUUAUCGGGCAGCCAGUGGCUGUGCUCAUGUACGUCCACGACUACUACGUGCUUCAUCAUGAGGCCCAGUCCACAGGGGCCUGAGCUGCCCCACCCACACUCCUCACUGCCACCUCACUGCCUCACUGCCCAUGGCCAGAGUUCACCCCUGCCUGUGUGCUGGGAGAGCGGCUGGCUGCCCAUUGCCUCCUCCUGGCCCUCAGGAGGCCCCUCUGCCCCUAUGGGGCCUCUCCUGCCCCCUCAGCAAUGGGGGACCCAGCACAGGCCAGUGCCCCAAGAACCUGUGCUGGUCCUGCCCACGUGUCCGAAGGUGUCAAUAAAAUACUGUCCAGAGUGA